UCGCCCAAUCAAACACGCCGUUGGGUGUCACGUGGCCGAAUGCGGAAGUGCGCGCUGUGUUUAUCGAAUGACCCGCAAACAACUGUUAAUAACCAGCUAACUUAGUAUAAUAACCGACGCCCAGCCUUCAUUAUGCGCGUUUAACCAGCAGGUAUCUGAAGGCUGAUGAGGAGCUUUCUGAAAGUGAGCUGAAGAACCGUCACCAUGACCGUGGUCUGCCUGCUGGACGGCUGCGCACUGCGUUUGUGCCACAGACCGGGACCUGUGUCCGCCGUCCUGUCCGCAUCCCCGCUGAGGAGCCCGACCUGUAGGAAGAGCUGGAGGCCCGGGCGCAGCCGGAGGUUCUGGUUCUGCAGGGCAGGAUCGUACGCAAACGUCUCCGCCUUCAGCACGUCGACGCGCCGCGGGGCAGCCGACCUGAGAUAUCACGCGUCCCGUCUGAGGAGCGUUCUGGACUCAGCCUGGAAAGCAGCGAGUGGGACGCGACUCAUAGCCGAGGAGACCUCGAGCCCGCCUGCUGCUCCGCCCCCCACACUUGUUGCUACGACAACUGAGAUCCAGGAAGAGAAGGUGUGCAGAGUGACCGGAGCAGCCCCGCCCACUACUCAACAGGCUCCGCCCUCAGCAAUUGUUGCAACGGCAACUGAGGUACAGAAAGAGAGGGAGUGCGGAGUAACUGGAACAGCCCCGCCCACUAUACCACAGGCUCCACCCACCGAACAGGCCACGCCCCUCUUCCACCCAGGCUCCCUCAGCGUUUAUCUGGGCGAGACUUACGACUAUGUGUCUCAGCAUAUCAACUCUUACUUCAGCAGCUUAACUAAACCCGGCCCAGAUGUCACCCAGCCCACGUCCUCUCGCCCGGAAACGCCUCGCGCCGAACCCUCUUUCUCUCUCGGAAAAGGACUCGGGAGCUACUUGAACUACUCGCCGCCGAGCGUCCAGGGCUUCAUAGGGAACUACAUUACGCCGCUGGUCCCCCGGUUCAGAACGGAGCCCAAAAGCACGUCGGUGGAGGCGGAUGAAGCUGCUUCUGAUGAUGCUGAACGCAAGGAAACGGUCCAGAGUGAAGAUCAGAGAGCGGCGGAGGAGAGAGCCAGACGCCUGCAGCUCCAGAGAGAGAAGAUCGUGGCGCGGGUGAGCGUGGAUAACCGGACUCGGGCUCUGGUUCAGGCUCUGCGCCGGGCGUCAGACGUGCGGCUCUACAUCCGUCGGGUGGAGGAUCUCAGUCUCCAUCUGCUGGAGUUCCCAGAAACACGAUCGGUGGCCGUCAAGGAGCGUGUGAUCCCGUGUCUGCUGCGUCUGCGUCAGGCCGGUGACGUGUGUCUGCAGUCCGCGGUCCGACAGGCUCUGGCUCUGCUGGGCUUCACUGAGCCCGUGAGGAAGCGUGGCAUCCGGAUCCUGGCCAUCGACGGAGGGGGGACCCGGGGUCUGCUGGCCCUUCAGACGCUGUGCCGCUUACAGGAGCUGUCAGGAAAACCUGUCCAUCAGCUGUUCGACUACAUCUGUGGCGUCAGCACAGGUGCGAUCCUGGGCUUCAUGCUGGGUGUCUUCCAGAUCCCGCUGAAGGACUGUGAGGAUCUCUACAGGACGCUGAGCUCAGACGUCUUCAAGCAGAACCUGAUCGUGGGAACGGUGAAGAUGAGCUGGAGUCACGCUUUCUACGACAGCCAGAUCUGGGAGAAAGUGCUGAAGGAGAAGAUGGGCUCGGACCUGCUGAUCCAGACGGCUCGCAACCCCGACUGUCCCAAACAGGUGGCGGCUGUGAGCACAGUGGUGAACCGCGCUCCUCCGGUGAAGGCCUUCGUCUUCAGGAACUACAGCCUGCCGGUGGGGGUGCGGUCGCAUUACCGCGGCUCCUGCAGACACCGGCUGUGGGAGGCCAUCCGAGCCUCGUCUGCGGCGCCGGGAUACUUCCAGGAGUUCGCUCUGGGAGACGACCUGCACCAGGACGGCGGGAUGCUGAUCAACAACCCCACGGCUCUGGCCAUCCACGAGUGUCAGUGUCUGUGGCCGGACGUCCCGCUGCAGUGCGUGGUGUCUCUGGGGACGGGACGCAUCCAGACGGCCGGCAGGACCAGCGUCUCCUACACCAGCCUGAAGACCAAACUCAGCCACGUCAUCAGCAGCGCCACCGACACCGAGGAAGUGCACACUAUGCUGGACGCUCUGCUCCCGCCGAACACGUACUUCCGCUUUAACCCCUACAUGAGCGAGGACGUGGCUCUGGACGAGAGCCGAGAGGAGAAGCUCUCACAGCUGCAGGCCGAGGGUCUUCAGUAUCUGGAGAGGAACCAGGAGAAACUCCAGCGAGCCGUCAGCGAGCUCACGCGAGACAAGAGCUCCACGCAGAGACUGAGCGAGUGGCUGCGGCUCAGAGCGCUCAUGCACCAGGGGUUCUACAAGAUCUAGAGGAAGCACGCUCUGGAUCACUGAUGGGACUGUGGAUCUGAGGAGCUUCAUGAGGGACACAGUUAAAGACUCGCGCUCAGGGACUGACUCGGUUCAGAUCAUCAGGGCAAUAGACCACUGUUUUAUUUUAUUUAUAUUAUUUUUUUAUUCAUUUUAUAUUAUUUUAU